UUAACAUCGACAUUCCUGCAAAAUGGCAAUUACACACGAUGUAGAUGAAGUCUUGCGAUCUUUGGGCAAAUAUGGACGAUUCCAAAUUUUCCAAUACGUGUACAACCAAAUUUGUCUGUUACCCGUAGUCUUUCCGGUACUCAUUUUUGUGUUUAUAGGGAACAUCCCAAAUUUCCGUUGCCGGGACAUUUCCAUUAUUACUUGGAAUGGUGAAGAAAUUUCUACAAAUAGCAGUGACGUACAAAUACAGUAUCACAAAUGUGACGUCACUGUUCAAGUUAAUCAGUCGAACACUGUUGGGGUUUCUCAACUGUCCUGUGUCAAUGGCUAUGACUACGAAGGCCCAGAGACAGUUGUAACUGAGUGGAAUUUAGUGUGUAACAGAGAAGGUCUAGGUGCAAUGUCCACAACAAUGGUCAUGGUGGGUCAGACGCUUGGAGCCAGCUUGUUUACUCCUAUGGCUGACAAAUAUGGUCGUAAGGUCAUGGUAUACACGACCUUCAUUUCAAUGACUGUUUGUACAUUACUUGGUGCAAUUGUUCCAUGGUUUGCAGUGUUUGUCAUCUUAAGAUUUUUGAUUGGAGCUUUUCAGCAGGGUUUUGGACUUUCCCUCGCUGCCUUAUGCAUAGAACUUUUCCCAGCCGAAUGUAGAGGACCAAUGAUAUACAUCACCUGCAUUGUAUGGUCUCUCAGCAUAUCAAGCAUCCCCUUACUAACAUACUUUUUGCGUAAUGUAUCUUGGCGCUAUACGAUGCUAGCAGCGGGGCUUACAGGGUUCCAUUGCAUUGGAACUCGAUGGAUAUUGGAAGAAUCACCACGUUGGCUUGUGGCAAAUAACAAGACGAAAGAGUUGCGGGCGUGGAUAAGUCGAGCUGCAAAAUGUAAUGGAAAGAAACCAUCAGCUAUUUUGGAAUUAAGUAACGUUAACUCUUCGUUGAAUGCAGUCAAGUCGCUAAUUGGUGGUGGAGAUGAUGAACUGCAAAAUUCAAAGGAUCAUACCACCAACGAGACGUAUACUUUUCUUGAAAUAUUCCGCAAAAGGCAUAUUUUGCUGACAUCAAUGAUAGUAUGGAUUGUUUGGUUUGUGAAUAGCUUAACAUACUAUGGUAUAUUUCUGACGUCUGGAACCAUGACCGGAAAUAGAUUCCUGAACUUUUUUAUAAAUGGUGUUAUAGAGAUCCCAAGCUUGUUUGUUUGUAUGUACACUGCCAACAGAUUUGGUAGGAAGAAAACAUGCGCUGUGUUUCACGCCAUUGCAGGGAUCUCCCUUGUCCUGUCCGCCAUAUUGUUGACAUUGAGAGAUAGAACGUCACUUAUAGAUGGCUUCUCGGCAUUUUUUAACUUCAUGGGAAAAUUCGGAAUCAGUGGAUCUUUUGCGACCAUUUUCUUGUACACUCCCGAAAUUUAUCCAACUAACUUAAGAUCUGCUGGAUAUGGCAUGGCUUCUGCAGCAGCUAGAAUUGGCGGGAUGCUGUCGCCUUUUACCACAAUGUUUGCAGCGUGGAUCCAAUGGGGACCUGGUGUUGUGUUUGGGAGCCUCUCCAUUGUUGUUUGUAUUCUGUUUCUAUGGUUACCGGAGACCAGCGGUAGAGAGCUGCCCACAAAUCUAGAAGAUCUUACAGAUUUCUAUGUUAUUAAGGGCAAACAACCCAAGAAGUAAAUACAGAGAUUGUUUCACUGAGAAAAAUU